UACGACCCACGGCCACACAUUCAUGAUGCUGGGACCACGAAACCCUAGACUGACGGCAUCUACAGCAUCCUUUUCCCUCAGUUUUGCCAUAGUCGGAGGCGGGAUCGCGGGGCUCUCUUGUGCCAUUGCUCUCAGACGAGUUGGACAUCGUGUGGUUAUCCUGGAGCAAGAUGAUGGUAAAGAGCGGGAAGCAGGGGGCUCUCGCGUACCGCCAAACAUGUCAAAGAUCAUGAUAGACUGGGGCUUGCAAGAAGAAAUAGACAGACUUGGGGUGCACACCCAGGAUGUUAAACUUAUGACUUGGGAAUCCGGUGAAAUAUUCCACACCGAUCAUUGGCAGUCCGAAUUACUCGCGGAGAGUGGUGGCGAUUUCAUCUUGAUGCAGCACCAAGAUCUGCGUCGAAUUUUACGAGAGAAGGCGGAAUCCUUGGGUGCCGAAAUUAGGCACGACUCUGAAGUCGUCGAAGUUAUACCCCAAUGUACAGAAGAACCUCCAAUUGUGAUUCUCCGGACUGGAGAGACGUUGAGACCAGACGUGGUGAUUGGCGCGGAAGGUCGAUAUAGUAGAGUUAGAGAUGAAUGCUUGCGGAUGCAGGACCAUAGGAGAUCGACAGGGCUUGUUGCAAUGAUCAAGCGGGAGGCAAUGCUUGAACAUCCCGAACUGAACGUAUUCACCUCUACUUUCAAUCAAGAGCCUACCUUAUUCGUCCUUUGUGGGGAUAAGCGCAGUGCUCUCUGCUUCCAAGGUGGGACCUCAGGAAAUCUGGCCCUGAUACUCUGGGCACCAGAUGACCGGCCACCUGAGGUGCGAGAUCGAGAACCGUGGAUGGGGCUAAUAAGCCGGGAGAGGGUCGAGGAGCUUAUGGGACCAAGCAACCCAGCGCUAGCCAAGGCGUUAGAGCUGUGCCCGGGAGCCACCCGCUUAACCGUCAUGCAGAGCGCCAAUUUCUCUGACUGGGUACAUCCAACAGCCCCGAUUGUCAUAACAGGCGAUGCUGCUCACCCUUCCUUGGCCGGCUCGGUUUACGCGAGUAGCAUGGCAGUCGAAGACGCCGCUUGCCUUGCCCAGUUGUUCUCCUACCUCAGUCGGCGCGACCAAAUACGCACACUCCUCUCCGCGUUCCAGGAAAUCCGGCAGCCGCGUAUCGCGCGCGUCCGCGAGGCGGAGGAGUUUAUGCUGCAGCAGAUGGUGUUCUCCCAGAGCUCGUCGUCGACCUCGAUCGAGGAUGCGAGGAAGGAUCUCGGGAUGGAGCCUGUCUCGUCGAUGGACGGGAAGCCUGCCAACUCGCCCGUAUGUGAUGAUAUGAUCGACGUGUUUGCUUACGAGGCUGAGGACGCCGCGAAUGACUGGUGGGUUCAGUGGGGUUUGUUGUAUGAACGGGCAAGUGGGAAGAAGGUGCCCGCCCAGAUAGCAGUGCAUCAGGUAGUUGAGGAGAUUGUACAUUAACGGACUUGGCGAUUAUGUACGAGUACGAUGUUUGAGAACGG